CAAGGCCCCGCCUCUACGCCAGCCUGUUUUCCCCGCCCGGGCACCCUCCGCGACCUCAAAGACGACCACGGUGUUCGGAAGUUGGUGCGAUGGGGCUUCCCGAAGAGCGGGGCCGGAGCGGCAGCGGGAGCGGGGGUCGGGAGGAGGCUGGAGCCGGGAGUCGGGCACGGAGUUGGUCGCCGCCGCUCGAGAUCAGCCGCUCCGCGCACGUCCCCUCGCUGCUGCGCUACCGCGAGCUGCAUCGGCGCUCUGUGGAGGAGCCACGGGAGUUUUGGGGAGACAUUGCCAAGGAAUUUUACUGGAAGACCCCAUGCCCUGGCCCAUUCCUCCAGUACAACUUUGAUGUGACUAAAGGGAAAAUCUUUAUUGAGUGGAUGAAAGGAGCAACUACCAACAUCUGCUACAAUGUACUGGACCGAAAUGUCCACGAGAAAAAACUUGGAGAUAAAGUUGCUUUUUACUGGGAGGGCAAUGAGCCAGGGGAGGCCACCCAGAUCACAUACCGUGAGCUUUUGGUCCAAGUGUGUCGGUUCAGCAAUGUUCUCCGAAAACAGGGCAUUCAGAAGGGUGACCGAGUCGCCAUCUACAUGCCUAUGAUCCCGGAACUGGUGGUGGCUAUGCUGGCAUGCGCUCGCCUUGGGGUUCUACACUCUAUUGUGUUUGCAGGCUUCUCUGCAGAGUCUCUGUGUGAACGGAUACUGGAUUCCAGUUGCAGCCUUCUCAUCACUACAGAUGCCUUCUACAGGGGAGAAAAGCUUGUGAACCUGAAGGAGCUGGUUGACGAGGCCCUGGAGAAGUGUCGGGAGAAGGGUUUCCCAGUGAGAUGCUGCAUUGUGGUCAAGCACCUAGGGCGGGCAGAACUGGGCAUGGGCGAUUCCUCCAGCCAGUCUCCCCCAAUUAAGAGGCCAUGUCCAGAUGUGCAGGGUAAGCUGAAAGAGAAAUCCAAGAGCAUCGAACCCCAGAUCUCCUGGAACCAGGGAGUUGACUUAUGGUGGCAUGAACUCAUGCUAGAGGCAGGGGAUGAGUGUGAGCCUGAGUGGUGUGAUGCGGAAGACCCACUCUUCAUCCUGUAUACCAGUGGCUCCACAGGCAAACCCAAGGGUGUGGUACACACAGUUGGGGGCUACAUGCUUUAUGUGGCCACAACCUUCAAGUAUGUGUUCGACUUCCAUGAGGAGGACGUGUUCUGGUGCACAGCAGACAUUGGCUGGAUCACCGGCCAUUCCUACAUCACUUAUGGGCCACUGGCUAACGCUGCUACCAGUGUUUUGUUUGAGGGGAUCCCCACAUACCCGGACGUGAGCCGCCUGUGGAGCAUCGUGGACAAGUACAAGGUGACCAAGUUCUACACAGCACCCACAGCCAUCCGCCUGCUCAUGAAGUUUGGAGAUGAACCUGUCACCAAGCACAGCCGGGCAUCCUUGCAGGUGCUAGGCACAGUGGGUGAACCCAUCAACCCUGAGGCCUGGCUGUGGUACCACCGGGUGGUAGGUGCCCAGCGCUGCCCCAUUGUUGACACCUUCUGGCAGACAGAGACAGGUGGCCACAUGCUGACCCCCCUCCCUGGUGCCACACCCCUGAAGCCUGGUUCUGCUACCUUCCCAUUCUUUGGUGUAGCUCCUGCAAUCCUGAAUGAGUCUGGGGAAGAGCUGGAGGGUGAAGCUGAAGGUUAUCUGGUGUUCAAGCAGCCCUGGCCAGGGAUCAUGCGCACAGUCUAUGGGAACCAUGAACGCUUUGAGACCACCUACUUUAAGAAGUUCCCUGGGUACUUCGUGACAGGAGAUGGCUGCCGGCGGGACCAGGAUGGCUAUUACUGGAUCACUGGCAGGAUUGAUGACAUGCUCAAUGUGUCUGGACACCUGCUAAGCACAGCUGAGGUGGAGUCAGCACUUGUGGAACACGAAGCUGUGGCAGAAGCAGCUGUGGUCGGCCACCCUCAUCCUGUGAAGGGUGAAUGCCUGUACUGCUUUGUCACCCUAUGUGAUGGCUACACCUUCAGCCCUAUCCUCACUGAGGAGCUCAAGAAGCAGGUUAGAGAAAAGAUUGGCCCCAUUGCCACACCGGAUUACAUCCAGAAUGCACCCAAUUUGCCUAAAACCCGCUCAGGGAAAAUCAUGAGGCGGGUGCUUCGGAAGAUUGCUCAGAAUGACCACGACCUGGGGGAUGUAUCUACUGUGGCUGACCCAUCCAUCAUCAACAACCUCUUCAGCCACCGCUGCCUGACCAUCCAGUGAACAAGACCUUACCCAUUACCCAGGAUUCCCCCUGCUUGACUCUCCAAAGUUUUGCCCAUUCUCCCUGCUCCUCAUCCAGGAGUGCUGAAGACCAGUGUUGACCUACAUCACCACCCUCAACCAGCUGUCUGGGUCCAAGGACCAGCUUUAGCCUUGGGUGGAGACAAUGUCCAAUGACUGCCAGGCAGAUGGGACAGGGCCCAGGUCAGCCUCAGAUUGCUGUAUUCCCAACUGCAAAGAGCUCUUGGAGCUCAGAACAAGACCCUGGAAGUCAUAUCCCCAACCUAAGUUACAAGUGCAGAGGGCAAUUGAGGGCCUAGACUGAAGCAGGGAAGCAGCUCUGUAAUCCUAUGUCACCUCUCUCAGGAAGCACCAAGACUUACCUUGGGCAUGCACUUGUCCUUACAAAUGCCUAUUUUUGAGUCCUGGAGCAAUUGAUUGUUAUUUAAACACUUUGCUGCUUCUGUACUGGGUCUGAAAUCCCUUCUGUGCCAGAUGGCUAUGCUGUUGUCUGCUUGCUCCAGGGGCUGACAGCAGGCUCACUCUCCAGAGAGUUUUCAGAGGAUCUGCUUCUUUGAAGGAAUAAGUGUGUUAUGUUCCUAGUCUUCCCUUGUCUUCUGUUCCCAUCCUCCCCUUAACAGAACCCUGCUCACAGACACUCUCAAAUGAAACUUUUCAUGCCUCAGUCGUGCUCAAACCCUGUGGUUGUAGGAAUAAAGUCUGUGACCUUAA